GGUAGGGUUUUUUUCUCUGUCUCCUGGGGGCGCGCGUGUCUCUCUCUCUCGCGUUCGCUUAUAUGAAUUUGAAGCCGCGAUCUGGUGAAUUCGGCUCUGCUGUGGUCGUCGCGUCCUGAUGUUCACCCCGCAGAGGAAGGUGUGGCCCGGGUGGGCCCUCUCCCCCCGGAGCCGGGCCCCCAGGGUCGGAUCCGGGUCGGGUCCGGAGGACCCGGACCCGGACCCCGGCGCUGGUGGGAAGGGGAAGAGUAUCGUUCCGGCCGAGCCCGUGACUCCUCCUCCUCCUCCUCCUGGUUCGAAUGGGAUGGUCACGGACGGGGGCGGUUCGGCGGGCGACGUUUCGCUGCUCGAGAAGGAGCUUUUCGAGUACCAAUAUAAUAUGGGACUUCUGUUGAUUGAGAAAAAAGAAUGGGCUCUCAAGCAUGAAGAGCUAAGACGAGCAUUGGAGGAAAUAAAGGAUGCUCUCAAACGCGAGCAAGUGGCUCAUUUGAUUGCUAUGUCAGAUGUUGAAAAACGAGAAGAUAACUUGAGAAAAGCUCUUGGUGUUGAGAAGCAGUGCGUGAGUGAUCUGGAGAAGUCAUUGCGUGAGAUGCGUGCAGAAUAUGCUGAAAUUAAAUUUACAGCCGAUUCAAAAUUAGCCGAAGCAAAUGCUUUGGCUGCAAGCAUUGAGGAAAAAUCUCUAGAAGUAGAGGCUAAGUUUCACGCUGCGGAUGCCAAACUUGCUGAAAUAAGCCGAAAGAACUCUGAAAUCGAGAGGAAGUCGCAAGACGUGGAUGCUAGAGGAGCUUCUCUUCGAAGGGAACGGUUAUCAUUCAUUACAGAGCGUGAAGUAUAUGAAACCACUUUGUCCAAGCAGAGGGAGGACUUGCAAGAAUGGGAAAGAAAAUUGUGUGACGGAGAGGAAAGGUUGGGAGAUAGAUUUAGGGUUCUGAACCAAAGAGAGGAGAUGGCAAAUGAGAAGGACAAGAUAUAUAAGCAAAAAGAGAAAGAUCUUGAGGAAGCACAAAAGACGAUAGAUGAAGCUAAUCUAACAUUGUCAAGAAAGGAAGAGGAUAUGAGCAGCAGGCUGGCGAAUUUAAAGUUGAAAGAGAAGGAAUUUGAAACAUUGAGAAAGAACCUAGAAAUUAAAGAGAAGGAGUUGGUUGCUACAGAAGAAAAGCUCAAUGCCAGAGAAAGAGAUGAAAUUCAAAAGCUUCUUGAUGAGCAUGCUCGUGCUUUAGAUGUGAAGAAAAAUGAAUUUGAGUCGGAACUUGAGCAAAAGAGGAAAAAAUUCGACGAGGACUUAGAAAGAAAAGGAUUCGACGUACAGAAGAAGGAAGCUGAAAUUAAGCACAAAGAGGAUAAACUUGUGAAAAGAGAACAAGCAGUGGAGAAGAAAACCGAAAAGCUCAAGGAGAAAGAGGAUGACCUGCAAUUGAAGUUGAAAGAUCUUAAGGAAAGGGAGAAAUCUCUCAAGUCUGAGGAAAAGAAUUUGGAGAAUCAGAAGAAAUCGGUCGAUGUGGAGAAAGAAGAGUUGCUUAGCCUUAGGGCUGCUCUUGAGAAGAUAAGAACGGAAAAUGAAGAACAGCUGGUGAAGAUCCGCAUGGAGAAGGAUCAACUUAAAGUGAGUGAAGAAGAAAGGUCAGAAUUUGUGCGUUUGCAGUCUGAAUUGAAGGAAGAGAGAGAGAACUGCAGGCUUCAAAAGGAGCUUCUUUUGAAGGAAGCUGAGGACUUGAAGCAGCAAAAGGAAGCUUUUGAGAAGGAGUGGGAUGAGCUUGAUGAGAAAAGGACUCAGAUUGAGAAAGAAAGGAUGGAUGCAGAGCGACAAAAAGAAAAAUUUGAAAAGCUCAAACAUAGUGAGGAGGAAAAAUUACAAAGGGACAGGAUGGAGACGGAUGAUUACAUAAAAAGGGAGCUGGAAGAUCUUAAACUGGAUAAAGGAUCGUUUGAAGCCAGAAUGGAGCAUGAGAAUUCAGUUCUUGCUGAGAAGGUGGAAAGUGAGAGGAGUCAAAUGCUUCGUGAUUUUGAACUUCAGAAAAAGGAGCUUGAGACUAAUAUGCAGAAUAAAUGGGAUGAGAUGGAAAAUAAUUUGCUUGGUAGAAUAAAGUCAUUCGAGGAAGAAAAGGAGAGAGAACUAAACAAUAUUAACAACCUAAGAGAAGUAGCCAGAAGAGAAAUGCAAGACAUGAAACAGGAACGAGCAGAAUUGCAAAAGGAAAGGGAAGAAUUUACUGCAAAUAAGAAGCAUCUGGAGGAUCAACAAGUUGAAAUAAGGAAAGACAUUGAUCAGCUUGUUGCACUUAGCAAAAAGUUGAAGGACCAGAGAGAGAAAUUUAUUGAGGAGAGAGAUCGCUUUAUUUCUUUUGCUAAGCAGCAGAGUAGCUGCAACACAUGUGGGGAACUUACUCGCGAAUUUCUGCUUUCCGAUCUACAAUGUAUAUCUGAGAUUGAGAAUGCUGAGCUUUCUCAGUCAAAGUUGGCCGAGGCUUACGUAAAGGAAGAGGCAAAUAUGACCUUUAAUGCUUCUGGAAGGCCAAAUACCGAUACAUCUCCAAAUUUAGUUGGAUCAAGAACGCCUCUCUCCACUGGAACUGUGUCUUGGCUACGAAAAUGCACAACUAAGAUAUUUAGCUUCUCCCCUGGCAGAAAAACUGAUUCCCAUCCAGUUCAAGAUUUGACUCAAGAGGGACGUAUGCAGGGUGAUCAUGUAAAUGUCGAAGACCCUUCCAAAGCAUAUGCUGAAAAUGAUGCUGAGCUCUCUAUUGCGGUAGCAAGUGCUUCUUUUGAUGUCGAGGAGCAUCAGAGGGAGGAUGAAGCUGGUCAAGAUAUUUCAUAUGAUAGCAAUGUCAACAGUAAGAGACAAGAAGUUGCUGAAGAUUCUCAGCCUUCUGAUUUAAACAAUGGUGUCCACCAGCCUCGCAAGAGGGGCAGAGCAAGGGUUAACAGGACGCGUACUAUGAAAGAAGUUGUCAAAGAUGCUAAAACUAUACUUGGGAAAGGUUUUGGUUCAAAUGAAACCGAGCAGGAGAAUGGAAAUGCGGAGGACUCUGCUCCUACAAAUGCUGACAGUCGGGAUGAACCCAGUCUUGCUGACAAAGGAAGACCAAGAAAUGUCCGCAAAAGGGGUCGUGAUAAUGCCACAGGGAGCGAGCAUGAUGCUGAUGACACUGAAGGACAUUCUGACAGUGUGAGGAUGGGCCAGCGAGGGAAAAGGCGGCAAAGAAAUGCUGCUUCUGUUCAAGCUACGGGUGAACAGCGAUAUAAUCUCCGAAGGCCCAAAGGUGGGGUCAAGACCACUGCACCUGGCGUGUCAAAUGACCUGAAUAAGGGCAAUAAGAAAGCAGCUGGUGGAGAAGGUGCAGAGGAGGAAAUUCACUAUGCCAAAGCUGCUCCUGCACUUUCUGUUACAGUUGCUAGUGAAAAUGGUGGAAGUACACACUUUGUGCGUUGUGGCUCAUUGGUGGAUACACAGGAUGGAGAUGCCGAUGGAACAAAGGAGAUAGUCGAGCAUAUGGCAUUGAGUGAGGAGGUGAAUGGGACACCUGAUAAGGGGGACAAACAUGACAAUGGGAGCGAGUCCCUAGGAGUUGAUGCUGCCGCACUCGAUGAAGACGGGGAUGACGAUGAAUGUGAGAACGAGCACCCAGGCGAAGUCUCUAUAGGGAAGAAACUGUGGAACUUUCUCACAACCUAAUCUGGUAGGAUCAUUUUCCGGUCUCGGGAAGAAACCCCCGGGUGGCAGUGUGGCCCCAUCAGCUUCUUUAGAUAACGCUGCUGGAGCUUCCCUGAUGUGUAGUAGCCAUUUAUGUUAGUUCAGCACAUAAAGCUUUUUUCUAGGUUUGGGGAGGAAAGGUUUGGCGCCCCUUUCAUUUAGAAGGUUUCGGGCUUUGAUAUUUUGACCAUUUUUUUCUUUUUGUUUAGGUGAUCUAUUGGCAGUGUUAAUAAUACUGCAUGUCAUGAUGCUCUUUGGUCUCUGGUUUCUAAAUUGUUUGUAUCAAAUACCUGUAAUUUUUCUCUAUUCCCGUCGGCAGUGUGUAAAACCCGUGGAUUUAAUUUUUUUUCUUUU